AUGACCGAUUCAGAGGUUCUGCGCAAAGACCAACUUGAAAUCCGUCUGCACAAUGAGAAGAAACUAAUCCACGAAGGCGCACUCAAGGACGAAAACCCGCUCGAUUUCACCGAGGGGUUCCGCCAGCUGUGCGAUGCGUGUCGCAAAGGCGACCUGAAGACGUGCCAGGAGAAGAUAUCGGAGGGAGUCAAUAUCAAUGCGCGCGACAGUUAUGAUUAUACACCUCUUAUUCUGCCUUUCGCAGCACAUAUAUCCUCGCUACUGACACGCGACCAUCCGCGAACAUGGGACAUCAUCGUAACCGACGGCGAAGAAUCACUCUUCCUCCACAAAUUCGUCCUUUCAGCGCGCUCACCUUAUUUUCAGAAGAAGCUUGCUGCCUCCCCAGAUGCUAACUCAUGGAAGAUUCCCAAUACUCUUCCCGCAGCCGCCUUUGGUGCUUCGGUUAGAUUCCUCUACCUCGGUGAUUCUCCGCGAGAGUUGCGCGCUGGGCCAGGAACAGGGUUCACCGAGUCUGAGGUUGUGGCGGGCGUUGAUCGGAUUGGGAGGCAUCUUGAGAUCCCCACUCUUCUAGACAGUGUUUUGGAAAGCGGUGAUAGACGACUGGCGCGGCAGAGGCGAGCGGAUGAGCUGGCCAGAGGACGAGAUCAGUUUGAAGCCUGGUUUGAGAAUAAUAUUCUUGCCCAUAAGAUUGUUGUUGAUACGAGGAAAGCCAACGAUGUUAAGUGGGACCGCAGCAAUGGUAUCUUUGCGGACGUCCUUCUUCGAGCUGAUGAGGUCCUUCCGGAUGGCGUUGUCGGUGUAGCUGGGGAAGCGCAAAAACACAACAGUAAUAACAAUAGCUCUUCGACUUCUAUUCCCGUGGGCACUGGAGGAGGCGCCACAACAGAGGAGAGUAAAGGAUACACGCAAAAGUCUGUUCUAUAUCCCGCUCAUCGCGCAAUGUUGAUGCGGUCUGAGUUCUUCAAUGCCAUGUUCUCCUCAGCCUUCAAGGAAGCGCAGUUUACAGAGCACCUCAAUAUAAUAAGCGUCGACUGCUCGCCGGAAGUGCUUGAGAUUGUUCUGAGAUUCUUCUAUACCGAAAAGGCUGAUUUCCCUCUAGAUAUCGCGGUGGAUGUCCUCUUCGCAGCGGAUUUACUGUUCAUCGAAAAGCUGAAGACCAAAGCUGCGAUGGUUAUCAGCAGUCUCGGCAGUGCGAAUAUGUCCCAAGCACAAGCAUCCAAAACCAGGCCGGCAAAACAGAACGGACACCAAAAACCUUCUGAGGCAAACAAAAACGCUGGCGAUGAGGAAGAGGAAGAGGAGAUCGACAUCUAUGAAAUCAUUCGAGCCGCAUGGCUCACUAGAGUACAGCGACUAGAAGAGUUCGGGGCCCGAUACCUUGCAUAUAGAUUGGAGGAGCAUGUCGACACAGAAGAGUUCGCCGAACUAAUCAAAGAGUCUGCCUCGCGAAUACAGAAAAGACAGGAAACAGAUUCGAUUGAAUUACUUGACGACAUCCGAUUUUACCUCAGCGAGCGCUUCCGACUUCGAUUCGACGAUGCGGGUUUGGCGGAGAUGAUCGAGGAGAAUGAGCCUCAAAACUGGAUUCCACCCGACAACGCACAGCAGCAGCAGCAGCCUGAUAAUAAGGAGGACCAGACGACAGUUGUUACCAAUGGCAUGGCGGAGCUGGAUCUAUUAGAGGCCACCAAUAAGCAUCCCAACUCGGAACAGAAUGUCAAUACUGCGCCGGCUGCGACCACGGUGCCAACUACCGACUACGUCUCGGUUAUCAAAACUCUGGACGGUCAAAUUGUAGAAGACGAGUUCGAUCAAGACGCUAUGAAUUAUCGGAUUCUCCUGGAUAAACUUGACCGAUUGCUGGAACGACUCAACUUGGAUGCAUAG